GAACUUCAUCCGCCACAACCUAUACACAUCCGCCGUCAACGUGCCAUCUAAUCCCGAUUUACACUUUGCUUUAUAAACUAUACAUAAGAGUACAACCGUCAAUCAGCCCGAGAUGCCAUUUUAUCAACCCUAAACCUAAACCAUUAUUUUUGCUUAAAUGAACUGAGUUCAAGUAGCAUGAAAGAGUCGUGAGACGAUCAAUUAAACUCUUCUAUCCAACAUGAUUCAGGGGAUAUUUUAUGCCCGUUUCUUUCCCCAAGAAGGGACCAAGAUCGUAUCCCAAAGCCCACCAGGUUGCAUCGUCCCCGUCUCCGGCCCCACGACCAUCAAGCCGCCGCUGUUCGACUUCAACGUGCUGCAAGAGUACAUCAUCCCGCGUCAGGCCUUCUGCAAUCGCUACAUCACCGUUGCCGACCCCGAUGGCAAGUACUUCGUUCUUGGCUUCCCGGUCUCCAUCCCCAGCCCGCGAUACGACCGGAAUGAGUUCAUCUUCAACUUUGGCCUGGUCGUCGAGAAUGAAGUCGACCAGGUCCCCUACGAGCGCGUCGUGCGCCGCCUGGCCGUGACUUUUGCCGAGAUGGAGAAGCAGAGCGGGUUUCUCAGCCAGGACGUCGACGCUUCCUCCACUCGGCGCCCGAUCGGGUCGUUGCUGGAGAUUAUCAAGGAAGACCUGAACAACUACGGCGAGUGCAUGAUCCCAGUUGACGACGCCAACACCAUCAACAUGAAGCUCUUCCCGCACCACCCCACCCCACCCGAGGUCAAAGGCUGGCACGUCCCCGUGGCCAAGAUGAAGUUCGCGGACGUGGUCGACCCGACCUGGGAUCUAACCCUGCAGCGGGUGACGGCGCACAUCGACGGGGUGUCGGACGUGCGGCGCAUCGCCUUCCAGGCCGACGUGUCGCUCGAGCUGGCCCAGCUGGCCCUGCGCCACCUGCUCUACUACGACACCAUCCUGCUGCUCGACAUGUUCUUCUUCGGCGCCUGCUACGCGCCGCGCCCGGGGAUUCACGAUUUUGUUGCUAAUGUCGGCGGCAUGGUCGACGAGUGCGCCAACUACGUCUGCGUCGGGCCCGGCACCGGUGGGCGGGACCGCGGCGGGGAUGGUGAUGAUGAUGAUGACAAUGGCGGCCGUGCUGGGGACGGCGCUAGUAACGGCGAUGCUAGUGAUAGCAGCGGCAAUGGCGACAGCAACAACCAUACCAACGGCAACAAAACAACCAACGGCACCACGCACGGCCACCGGGUAUCCAACUACCUGCUCAUCAAGCUCAUGACGAGCUUCUGCGUGGGAAAGACGGUGACGGAGUGGAUCAAGGGCCACAUGGACGGCGGGGUGGACGUGCUGCGGCUGGUGGACGUGCGGCGGCUGGUGCAGUUCGGGGUGAUCAAGGGGUGCCUGUACCGGGUGCACAAGUACGUGGUCUCCAAGCAGUACCUGGCGGCGCUGGCGACGGGCCAGGCGCGGCCGGCGGCCGGCGGCGACCCGCUGCAAAAGUACACGGACGGCUGCCACACCUUCGACCAGAUCAUCACGGAGCAGAACCUGACCGACGCCGAGAUCAUGGACAAGCUCAAGAGCUUCCCCGCGCCGGCGGGCGACAUGACGGUUCUCUACAGGUAGGUAGGUGGGUAGGUGUGUGUGGGAUUGGGUUGCUUAUGGUACAUUGAUGUCCAGACCCCAGGUCGCAGGAGCGAAGGUCUAUGUAGUAGUAGUACAUGGAUAUACAGAGCUACCAAGGGUAGG